UGCUUCGCCUGGCAUUGCUAGCUCGUCACACUCGCCCGCCACGCCUAAAGGAGCUGGAGCUACAACAAGCACGCCCGAGGCUGGCCCGAGCAAGACGGCGCUCCGGUGCUCGUUCCCCUCGUGCGGCAAGACGUUUACGCGCAAGGAUCACCUCAUUCGGCACGCUGCAAAUCACUCGCAGCCAAACUUUCACUGCUCGACGUGCGGCCGGAGCUUCCAGCGCCUAGACUUGUUGCAGCGGCAUGAGCGCCGCAGGAUCUGCGACGACGAGCGGUAUCCCAAGCGGCGGAAGGGCAACGACCACGACGAGCGCCAGGCAGAGCACGAGCAUGACGACGAGGUGGACCACGGCGCUUCCGAAGCCCAGCCCCCACCACCGCCACAGCCGCAGCCGCCGCAGCCGCAGGCAGUGUUCCAGCCCGCGCCGCCGCCCGGCGCGCCGCUAGACCUGCUCGACACGACCGAGCCAGUCUCCAUCCCCCCGCAGAUGGGCAGCGACAUGCCCGAGCUCGACGUGAUGGCGAACCACAACAUUGUGAUUGACCCCGCGGAUUUGGGGUUCGGCCUCUGGCCGCCAGACCCAUGGGAGGCAUUGCUGCACGACGCGUUCGCGCCGCCGCUCGACGACGGGCCAGCCGACGUGCCGUGGGAUUUGAAUGCGCUCCUUGGACCUCAUGGCACGCAGUCGCGGACGCAGGAGAGUGCAGAGCGAGGGAACGCCCCUGGUCCGCCACAUGCCCAGGUUGGGACGGCGCUGCUGUCCAGAGUGCUGGCAGCGUAUCCUGAACUGCAGAUCUCGGUCGCAGAGCUCAACGAGUCACUGUCAACGUACUGGUCUCACGUCGCGCCAAGCUUCCCGUUCAUCCACCGCGGCACAUUCGACAUUGACGCCGCGCCGCCAGAACUGGUCAUCAUGAUGGCGGUCACUGGUGCCGCGCAGCGCCGGCGAGGCGGAAGUGGUGCGCCGCGAGACGACCGGCGACUGGUCAGGCGAAUCCGCGCGCGGCUUGUCGAGGACCGGUGUGGGCUUGAGAUGGACGUGGCGACCCUGCAAGCCUACACCCUCUGUCACGUGUACGACGUGUGGCACGGCGACGCCGAGACGCUGUUUGUUGCGCAGUGCAUGUGGCCCGUUGUUGUUGCACACUCGCGCAAGCAGGGAAUCGGUGUCACUGGGCGCGUCGCGCCAGAGGGGCACACUGCAGCGGUUUGGGCGGCGUGGGCCAAGGACGAGGAGCGCCGGCGUGCAGCCUACUGCAUUGUGACUAUCGACACGCAGAUCUCGACCUUUUGGAACCAGCACCCCUCGAGACAGCUCAGCAUUUUCGCGCACAACCUCUCCAUGCCGGCGCCGCGCGCCCAGUGGGAGGCACUCACGGCUGCCGAGUGGCUACGGGUUCGGGAACCGUCGUCUACCACGCAGCACGACCACAACGCGGGGCGAAGAGGCGGGCGGGGUGGGUACCUCCCCGGGCUGCACCCCGAGUUCCAGGUGUCGUUUGUUACCGAGGGAUACUCGUCGAUUGUGCUCGCUGCGCUCGCGGCUGAGGGACCACCCCCACUCCGCGUCGACAUUGACAACUCGUUCGCCGUUGGCGUCAUCCUGACUGGGCUGGUCGCGAUCGCGUGGGACUGCAGGACACGAGGAGGAAUGGGGAUUCGUUUCCGCGACGGCACCAAGCACUGGCGGAGCAUUGUGUUGAAUGCCGUCGUGGCCCUUCGUGCAGCGUACGAGCUCGGAGUAGGCCACCUACCCGCCUGUGUCGAGACACGAGACAUGCGAGACACGCUGGCCGUUUCAAUCAUCUCGAUCCUGAGCGACAUCCCCAUGCUCCAGGUCGCAGCGGGCGCGACGUCCAUCUGCGGCGCGAGCAUUGGACCAAAGCAGUACGCGGACGGCAAGCGCCGCCUGCGGUUGUGGGCGACAAGCCCCGACGCGUGGACCUGCCUGUGGCAGUCGGCGCGGUACCUCCGCGAGACCCUCUUCGCCGACUGGGGGCUUUACACGCCAUGGGCCGUCUUCCUGACAACUCUCGUUGUCUGGGCGUACGGCUCGGCGGCCUCGCGCGAGGACCAGCGCCACUUCCCCGGCCCAACCGACAACCCACAAGCCGCAGCCACGGCGCUCCUCGACGGCAUCUUUGCCUCGCCGACCCGCGUCGACCACCUCGACCACGGCGUCGCCGACCUCGUAGUCACAGUCGCCGCCAAGCUCGACGCGACCGGCUCCCUGAUUGACCGCACCAACGCGCAGCUCCUGUGGCGCCUCACCGCCGCCAAGCGGCGCUAG